AUGGCAGUCAAAACAAAGGAAAUACAAGAAAUUAAAAUGGAAACAAAAAGUGGAAAAAUAGCACUGCAGUACCUCAUGAGAAACAAGUACUUUUAUUCACUCUGUGAAGGCAGUACAGAAUUCUCUGACCAGUCACUUGCACAGAAAUUGGUGGUGGUGACUGCACUGAAGUCAUUCCAUGUGAAAUCCGACGCCCCCAGCGGGGAAACGAAACCGACGCCCCCAGCGGGGAAACGAAACCGACGCCCCCAGCGGGGAAACGAAACCGACGCCCCCAGCGGGGAAACGAAACCGACGCCCCCAGCGGGGAAACGAAACCGACGCCCCCAGCGGGGAAACGAAACCGACGCCCCCAGCGGGGAAACGAAACCGACGCCCCCAGCGGGGAAACGAAACCGACGCCCCCAGCGGGGAAACGAAACCGACGCCCCCAGCGGGGAAACGAAACCGACGCCCCCAGCGGGGAAACGAAACCGACGCCCCCAGCGGGGAAACGAAACCGACGCCCCCAGCGGGGAAACGAAACCGACGCCCCCAGCGGGGAAACGAAACCGACGCCCCCAGCGGGGAAACGAAACCGACGCCCCCAGCGGGGAAACGAAACCGACGCCCCCAGCGGGGAAACGAAACCAACGCCCCCAGCGGGGAAACGAAACCAACGCCCCCAGCGGGGAAACGAAACCAACGCCCCCAGCGGGGAAACGAAACCAACGCCCCCAGCGGGGAAACGAAACCAACGCCCCCAGCGGGGAAACGAAACCAACGCCCCCAGCGGGGAAACGAAACCAACGCCCCCAGCGGGGAAACGAAACCAACGCCCCCAGCGGGGAAACGAAACCAACGCCCCCAGCGGGGAAACGAAACCAACGCCCCCAGCGGGGAAACGAAACCAACGCCCCCAGCGGGGAAACGAAACCAACGCCCCCAGCGGGGAAACGAAACCAACGCCCCCAGCGGGGAAACGAAACCAACGCCCCCAGCGGGGAAACGAAACCAACGCCCCCAGCGGGGAAACGAAACCAACGCCCCCAGCGGGGAAACGAAACCAACGCCCCCAGCGGGGAAACGAAACCAACGCCCCCAGCGGGGAAACGAAACCAACGCCCCCAGCGGGGAAACGAAACCAACGCCCCCAGCGGGGAAACGAAACCAACGCCCCCAGCGGGGAAACGAAACCAACGCCCCCAGCGGGGAAACGAAACCAACGCCCCCAGCGGGGAAACGAAACCAACGCCCCCAGCGGGGAAACGAAACCAACGCCCCCAGCGGGGAAACGAAACCAACGCCCCCAGCGGGGAAACGAAACCAACGCCCCCAGCGGGGAAACGAAACCAACGCCCCCAGCGGGGAAACGAAACCAACGCCCCCAGCGGGGAAACGAAACCAACGCCCCCAGCGGGGAAACGAAACCAACGCCCCCAGCGGGGAAACGAAACCAACGCCCCCAGCGGGGAAACGAAACCAACGCCCCCAGCGGGGAAACGAAACCAACGCCCCCAGCGGGGAAACGAAACCAACGCCCCCAGCGGGGAAACGAAACCAACGCCCCCAGCGGGGAAACGAAACCAACGCCCCCAGCGGGGAAACGAAACCAACGCCCCCAGCGGGGAAACGAAACCAACGCCCCCAGCGGGGAAACGAAACCAACGCCCCCAGCGGGGAAACGAAACCAACGCCCCCAGCGGGGAAACGAAACCAACGCCCCCAGCGGGGAAACGAAACCAACGCCCCCAGCGGGGAAACGAAACCAACGCCCCCAGCGGGGAAACGAAACCAACGCCCCCAGCGGGGAAACGAAACCAACGCCCCCAGCGGGGAAACGAAACCAACGCCCCCAGCGGGGAAACGAAACCAACGCCCCCAGCGGGGAAACGAAACCAACGCCCCCAGCGGGGAAACGAAACCAACGCCCCCAGCGGGGAAACGAAACCAACGCCCCCAGCGGGGAAACGAAACCAACGCCCCCAGCGGGGAAACGAAACCAACGCCCCCAGCGGGGAAACGAAACCAACGCCCCCAGCGGGGAAACGAAACCAACGCCCCCAGCGGGGAAACGAAACCAACGCCCCCAGCGGGGAAACGAAACCAACGCCCCCAGCGGGGAAACGAAACCAACGCCCCCAGCGGGGAAACGAAACCAACGCCCCCAGCGGGGAAACGAAACCAACGCCCCCAGCGGGGAAACGAAACCAACGCCCCCAGCGGGGAAACGAAACCAACGCCCCCAGCGGGGAAACGAAACCAACGCCCCCAGCGGGGAAACGAAACCAACGCCCCCAGCGGGGAAACGAAACCAACGCCCCCAGCGGGGAAACGAAACCAACGCCCCCAGCGGGGAAACCAACGCCCCCAGCGGGGAAACCAACGCCCCCAGCGGGGAAACCAACGCCCCCAGCGGGGAAACCAACGCCCCCAGCGGGGAAACCAACGCCCCCAGCGGGGAAACCAACGCCGCCAGCGGGGAAACCAACGCCCCCAGGAAACUGA